UGCAUCCCUAACCAUGAAUGCAAAAUCCACCUGUGGGGAGCAAUAAAAAGGUUUUUUUUUAAAAAAAAAAUAGAGCAUAAUUAGGGUUAAUGACAGAAGAUGCUAAGGAUCCGAGAACAAGGUGUAGGGCUGGGCGAUAUAUUGGGGAGUAGAAAGCUGAUAGGCUUAGGGGCUGUGCUGGGCUGGUUGCUGGUUGUCCACUUACUGGUCAAUGUGUGGUUGCUCUGCAUCCUUUCAGGGUUGUUGGCCUUACUGGGUGGAUGGUUGGGUUCCCAAGUUGUGGUGGGCACCAACCACAAAAUUCACUUGGAGAGGUUUCUUCCCCUCCAAGGCUGCCCUCCAAAUCCUCAUGCAAACAGGCAGCUGGAUGAGGAGAUCAGGAAUAUUAUCCAAAAGAUCAUUCAGGAUUUUGUAUCUUCCUGGUACCGGGCUGUCAGCCAUGAGCAGAACUUUGAGAAGGAGGUUGAAAAAGCAAUGAUGGGGUUGGCUUCGGAGCUGAAAAGGAGGAUGCUUCUGGUGGACAAGAAGGCUUUGACCCAAAAGGUGCUCCUCCUUGCAGGUUGCCACCUGCAGGCCUACAAGAAGGUCCAGGAAAAAUGGAAGGAAGCAGAAAACCUUGGAGACUCUGCUGAGAAGGCCAGUGGGCUGUGGCAAGCAUACUGUGAAUUCUCAGCACCUCAUUUGGCUGUUCAAAGCCCUGCACAUCAGGUGGAGUAUGCCCGGCGCAUAGUGGACUUGCUGCUGCGUGUCUUGGUGCCUGAACCCCACCUGGAAAGCAGGACUGGACGCUUUGUGGUGGUGGAGCUUGUGACUUGCAAUGUGCUGAUGCCUGUGAUUAACAAACUGGCAGACCCUGACUGGCUCAACCUGCUGUUGAUUGACCUCUUCUCCAGGAAGGCCACCAGAGCAAGAGAGAUGGUGGAGACCUCCCCAGAAGUAUUGCCCCUUUCCCCAAACCAGCCCAUGGUGCCCAAUUUAUUGCCCCCAGUCCUUCAGCCAGAAAUGGCUACCGAGGGCAAUAAGGACCUACCAAGGGAUUCUGAGCCUCUCAACAGGAAUGCAGUAGAUAGUUUGGAGGACUUCUUGGUAGAGGCAAAGGAACCAGUUGACAGAGAGCUGAACACUCCCAUGAAUGAGAAAGAUGAUAGCAUUACUGCACCCCUUCUUCACCCUUAUACCCUUGGGUCCUUCUUCCCCAGUGGAGACUCAGAAGUUGAGUCCCCUAUGUCUGACAUUGGAAAAGACUUUGGCUCCCUGAUUGUUGUGUCUGCUGAGGAACUCUUCACUAGUUCCCUUCUUGAUUUGGAAGGGCCUGAUGGUGUGGACCAAGAGGACAGUUUGGGAGAGAAAGUCAGGUGUGUAGAGGAUAUUGCUGAGGGUUUCACAUCUGAAGCCAGCCUCCAGGCUGCCUCCCUUAGUCCAUGUCCUGACAUCCAGGUAGAGCCAGUUGCUGAAGAAACCUUAGUUUCCUUGACUGCUCUUUUGGAGGAUCCAGAAAAGACCUUCUUGAGACGGCCAUCCUACUUGGUGAAAGAAUUGGUGCCCCCUGAAAGCCUGGCACACAGCUCUUCAGAUCUAGCCCAGUUGCCAAGUCUGCUUUCUUCCUCCCCCACUGCCCCUAUGGGCACCUUCAGCUUUGAGCCACUCAGCAGCCCUGAUGGCCCUGUCAUCAUCCAAAACCUGCGUAUCACUGGAACAAUCACUGCUCGAGAGCACAGCGGAACAGGAUUCCAUCCUUACACCUUGUACACUGUGAAGUAUGAGACAACUUUGGACAGUGAGAACACAAACAGCCUCCAGCAAGUGGCCUACCAUACGGUGAACAGAAGAUACCGCGAGUUCUUGAACCUACAGACCAGGCUGGAGGAGAAACCAGAUCUACGGAAGUUCAUAAAAAACAUAAAAGGUCCCAAAAAACUGUUUCCGGAUCUUCCAUUUGGUAACAUGGAUACAGAGAAAGUUGAAGCCAGAAAAAGUCUUUUGGAAUCAUUCUUGAAGCAACUGUGUGCAGUUCCUGAGAUUGCCAAUAGUGAAGAAAUGCAGGAAUUCCUCGCCUUGAACACAGAUGCCAGGAUUGCCUUUGUCAAAAAACCAUUUGUGGUCUCCAGGAUUGAUAAGAUUGUAAUGAAUGCCAUUGUGGAUACAUUAAAAACGGCAUUUCCGCGAUCUGAACCACAGAGCCCUACCGAAGAACUCAGUGAGGCAGAAGUGGAUGGAAAGCAGCAGACAGAUGGAAAGAAAGCCAAUAAGCCUAAGCUGAAAUUCACAUCCGGUAAAAUUCUGAAUGUGGCCGGAACACAGGAGAAGAUCGUAUAUUCUUUCAAGGAAGGCACGAACGUCUCCGAAUUCCUGUCCCUGGCAAGGAUGGAGUCCUUCAUUCAGAACCAGGAGAGGUUGCUGGAGACCAUGUCCAGUGAAGGUCCAGAGAGAGAGGGAGGUGAAGAACAUCCCUCAGAUUUGGACCCAAAGCCCAUAGAGCUGCUGCAGCAAACAGCAGAGGAAGACGCAAAUUCUGGAUCAGAGACUUUGCUGGCAGAUGUUGUUCUGGACCUUCUUUGUCUGAUCAUGGUAGACCAUUGGAGUUGGCUGUGGUCAGAGAAUAUGCAGAAGAUCCUACAUCUGCUCUUUGGGACAUUAAUCCAAAGGUGGGUGGAAGUCCAGGUGGACAACUUGACCUGCACCCAGCACUGGGUGCAAUAUCUUCGGCUGCUCCAGGAAUCCAUUUGGCCUGGUGGGGUCUUGCCCGGUGUGCCCAAACCACUCAGGACAGAGGAGCAGAAGGCCGCAACUAAGAAACAGGCCAUGCAGAUUCUAAUGGGAAUACUACCUGAGGCACUCCAAGAAUUCCUAGGUACCAGUAAAUGUCAACAGAGCUGGAGCCUGGUCCUGGAAUCUGUGCAGCAUCCAACCAUCAACAGGCACAUGGUUUACUGCCUCACAGACAUCCUGUUGGAAUUUUUGAUCCCUGAUUCCCCAAUGGAGGCAGCCACUCCACUAAUGACUCCAGACUAUGGAGCAGCUGAAAGAGCUGGUACCUCAACACGCUAAUUCAUACUGGGAAUGCAAAGAGAACCCGUAGGCGUGAUCUCAGAUGAUGCAUUGCCAUUGGACUGAUCCUGGACCUGUUGAAGAAGGACCAAUAAAUGGGACUUGGCAGAGACCAGUGACUCUACCAUGAAUGUUCCAGAGCUGUUUAACUGCACCAUAAAAUAGUAUCAGUUCCAUAACCUGGAGGAAUUGCAAAGCAGUUCUGAAUAAGAAAAAAUAACCUCUUCUUGUAAAGGUGAAUAAUCUGGAGAAUAGGAUAUGACUUUAUCUACAUUCCUGGAUGGAUGUCAUUUUACUUUCUGCGUGUUUUUUUUUAAUUUACAGGAAGUUUUGGUGCCCCCAAUGUUAUUUGUAUUUAUAUGUACAUUCCAUGGUAUGACUUCUCUUUGUUCUUUCUUCCCAACAAAACGGUUGCAAUGAGCAGCAAACAGCAAUCAAUCCCUUUUUUUUCUUUUUUUCUUUUGUGUAUCAUGUAUUUGUCCUUGAGACUUGUGUCUCUGAAAGCUCAGAAUUACCAUGUGAAAGUUUGAUUUCUUUCCAGAAUUGAUGGAAUUGGCUCGAGUCACUUGUGUCUGGAGAGAAAAUAGAACCCAACUCAAUCAAUUUGUAGCUCACCAACUGGCUUUGAACAAGAAUAUUGGCAUUUUUUAAAUCAUCUAUGAUGCUAUUACUCAGUUAAUUGGGAUGGUUUGCUUUCUUUGAUGAUGGACUGCUGCAAAUGUCAAACCAGGUUGGAUGAGUCUGGAUUAGUCAUAUAUAGAUGCAUCCAAUCCAGUGUGGAAGAAGUGUCCAUGGAUUGUUAAGUGUGGAGUGCUUCCUGUUGUCUUUAUUUGUCAUCCUAGAUUCAAGUGUGUUUGCAGUGGAGAGAUUCCCUGAAUUGAAUACAUGUCAACAUUAAAGUUGGUGUUUGUCUA